UUUUUUUUUUUUCUUUCGGUAAGAGGGUGCAAAUGGGAGUAAUUUUUUCUCCUAAAAAAAAAUUACUGAUGAAAAUUGGCCCAUGGCCCUCAGCCCGGAUCACUCAUAGUUGGGCUUCAAACAAGGCCGAGCCCACUAAUAUAUUAUUCAUUCGGGCUACGGUACCACAGUUCCGUACAAGCCACGUGUCCAUACGGCCUUCACCCGAUCUCAACCUCGAACAAGAGCGCGUGUUUACCACAAGUUCAACACUUUCUCUUCGUCCACAUAGACCUCGCUUUAGCUGCUUUUCCAACUUCAUCUAGGGAGAAGAGAGAGAGAGAGAGAGAGAUCACUGUAAUCGGCGAUGGCGUCGAUUGUAAGUAUAUUGAGUGGUGGUUUAGCAUCAGUGCCGACGGAGGGGCUGAAGCUGAGCAGAGGAGGCGCCGCCCAGCUCUCAUGUUGCCCUUGUUCUUUUUCCGCCACCAGCGGAGCUGCGAGGAGGCGGCGAGCGGUUGGGGUGGUGAGGGCGGAAGGCAUAAACCCUGAGAUAAGGAAAAGCGAAGAGAAGGUGGUGGAUUCUGUUAUCGUCUCUGAACUUUCCAAGCCCCUCACUGCUUACUGCAGGUGUUGGAGGUCUCGGACUUUCCCUCUUUGUGAUGGAAGCCAUGUGAAGCACAAUAAAGCGACUGGUGAUAAUGUUGGACCUUUGCUGUUGAAGAAGCAGUGAGAAUAUUGAUAAUGGCUGUAUCUUGUUAUUUGGUAUGCCUCUAGGACUCGAAAAGCUAGAAAUUCAAGUUGUUUAUGAUCCAGGCCAAUGAUUUUUAACCCAAAUCAUUUGUUUUUCUGUUGCCAAACGAAAAUUAUCAUGUCAAAAUCACAAAGGCAAAAUGCAUUUUUGCUGUGUUAUUUGGAAGAUGUUUUGUUGCAAACAGAAACCAUCUCAUGUACUCUAUUGAACGAUGUCAACUGUAGUUUAAUAAAAUAGUUGAAGAAUACCAAAUUCUUUAUGAA